GCGCGUACUGCGUAAGAGUCGACGUCAUCACGCACGACGCAGAGACAGAGGGUCAGCUGAUUCUGAAUCUCCGAGGAAGUGUUACCGCGAUGAUGAACGGCGCGCGAGUUUUCGUUACUCUUGCGGUUUUAGCAGGUGUUUUUGGUGACCAGCUGACGGUGCUGCGUAGCCCCCAGUAUGUGAACUUCAGGUCUGGAAAUUGGCCACUAGGUGGAGAGAAGAUCCCAGACCUGGUGGCUCUCACCAUGGGCUUCUCUGUCCGUGAGGAUCUGGAAUGGCCGGGCUUAGUGGCAGGUUCCCUGUUCCAGCGUCCUCGUGCCAACGCCCUGAUCGCUGUCCGCGGCGUCGACAGUUUGGAUCUUCCCUCUAAUAUCACCUCUUAUCCACUGGAGAACUCGGUGCCGUUCACUCUGGACAGUGUGGCCAACUCCAUCCACGCUCUGUUCGCAGAGAGCACUCCUGUGGUGCUGCAGCUCGCCCCCAGCGAGGAGAGGCUGUACAUGAUGGGCAUGGCCAACACAGUGUUUGAGGAUUUGCCCGUCACCCUGCAGCAGAUCCGUGCUCGUCUCUCGCAGGAGGGAUCGGUCCUGCCUUCACUCCCGCUCAACUCACUGAGCCGUAAUAAUGAGGCCGACCUGCUCUUCCUGUCUGAGGUUCAGGUGCUGCAUGAUAUUUCUGCUCUGCUGAUGAGACACAAGCACUUGGCUAAGGACCAGGCCCCUGACCUGUUCUCUCUGGAGCUGGCCGGUAUGGAGGAGCUGGCUCGGCGCUACGGCGCAGACUCGCCUCAGUUCCGGGAUGCCCGAGAGAUUCUGGUAGCUGCGCUGCAGAAGUUCGCUGAUGAUGUCUUCGGGGUUUACGGCAGCAACGCGGUGGUGGAGGUGGUGACGGUGAAGACGUUCGAGACACCACUCACCAGGAAGUCUCGCUCCAUCCUGGAGGUUAAGCAGAUUAGUAACCCAGGAAGCCCCUACAACCUGGCCUACAAGUACAACUUUGAAUACGCAGUUGUCUUCAACAUCGUGCUGUGGCUGAUGAUCGCGCUGGCGCUCGCUGUCAUCGUCAUCUCGUACAACCUGUGGAACAUGGACCCAGGCUACGACAGCAUCAUCUACAGGAUGACCAAUCAGAAGAUCCGCAUGGACUAACUCGCCGAGCAGUGUUCUCUCGUGUGUGUGUGUGUGUGUGCGCGUACAGCUGUGUCACUUCCACCAUCCAUCAAUCCAUCGCAUCCAAGUGAUUAUUGUGUAUAUAGCUCUAAACAUGUCAGUUUUGUGAAUAUAUAGGAUAAAAAAAAAUAUUUAUUAACGCCUGCUGAAAUGAGUAUAAAUAUAUAUAUAUAUACAGCGGGUGACGGGAUGAACAGGAUGUGUGUGUUUAGUUUUUCAUAAAGUGAGUGCGCACUAGUAUCAUGGUCGUGUGUGUGUGGUGAAGUGUCUCAUAUUGUCUAUUUAUUUUUGUUUUAAAUUCCACAAACACUGGACCAUAAUUACUGAUACUGACGUGUAGGGGGCGCAAUCUGCAUGCAGAACUAGUAGAUUGAUUUUUAUUUGGUACUCUCUGUGUUUUGAAAAAAUAAUAGAAAUGUGUAGUGAUGUUAGUUGAUGCCAUUGGUGUUAGUUUAUCUUCAUCUUUCCUUCCCUGGUACAGUCGCCUGCAACGUGUUUUCCUUUGUCCGUCGGUCCCAUGGUUGAGUUUUAGAUGAAGAUUUGACUCAAAGUUUACUUGCUAAAAAUAAAGUCUUCUGUCCGGUCA